GUAUCACGUGGGUUGUCAAUAAUAAAAAUAUUUGUUUAUGAGACACAAUAUCGUAUCAAAAUCGAUAUUUUCGUAAAAUAAUUGUACGAUGCUUGUUUAAAGCGUUAUAUAAUUUCGUUUAGAACAAUUCUAUUGGUGAUUGAUACGAUUCUACUACAUGUGAAACCAAUAAGAAAUGGACCAUAUUUAGAAUUUGCCAUGUGCCUUUAUACUACGUUCCUGCCCGUGGUCGUCUGCUGUGACGCGGAACAAAAUGGCGUCGAGUAAUGAAGUGCCGGUAGAAAUCAACCAGAGUGGCAUGUGCACAGCAGAGAAUUCGGUAUCAAAAAUGGAAUCUAUGGAAGUUACAGAAAAUAUUCCUACAUCAAAUAAAGAUGCAACACCAUCAUCUUGUAGGGAAUCUAUUUCUGUGGAUGAUAUGACAUCUCGAGAUUAUUAUUUUGAUUCAUAUGCACAUUAUGGAAUUCAUGAAGAGAUGCUAAAGGAUGAAGUGCGUACAGUGACUUAUCGUAAUUCUAUGUACCACAAUAAACAUCUUUUCAAAGGAAAAACCGUUCUUGAUAUUGGUUGUGGAACUGGUAUACUUUCAAUGUUUGCUGCUAAAGCUGGAGCAGCUAGAGUUAUUGGUAUUGAGUGUUCUAAUAUUGUCGAAUAUGCAGAAAAAAUUGUGGAAGCAAAUCAGUUAUCAAAUGUUAUAACAAUACUUAAAGGAAAAGUUGAAGAGGUCUCAUUACCUGAUGGCAUUGAAAAGGUUGACAUAAUUAUUUCUGAAUGGAUGGGUUAUUGUUUGUUUUAUGAAUCAAUGUUAGACACAGUGCUUUUUGCUAGAGAUAAAUGGCUUCGUGAAGAUGGUAUGUUAUUUCCUGAUAAAGCAACUCUAUUUAUUUGUGGCAUUGAAGAUAGACAAUAUAAGGAUGAAAAGAUAAAUUGGUGGGAUGAUGUAUAUGGAUUUGAUAUGAGUAGUAUAAGAAAAGUAGCAAUUAGUGAACCUCUAGUGGAUGUUGUGGACCCAAAACAAGUUGUUACAAAUGCAUGCCUCAUUAAAGAAGUUGAUUUAUAUACAGUAACUAAGGCUGAUCUGGAAUUUUCAUCACCAUUUACUCUACAAGUUCGUAGAAAUGACUAUGUACAAGCACUAGUUACAUUUUUCAACAUCGAAUUCACUAAGUGCCAUAAACGUAUUGGCUUCAGUACAGCACCAGAAGUACAGUAUACUCAUUGGAAACAAACUGUAUUCUACUUUGAUGAAUAUAUGACAGUUAAGAAAGGAGAAGAAAUAUAUGGUGUAUUUUCAAUGAAGCCCAAUGCAAGGAACUACAGAGAUCUGGAUUUCAGCAUUGAACUGGACUUCAAAGGAGAAUUGUGCCAAGUACACGAAACUAAUACUUAUCGUAUGCGCUGAUCAGAUUGUUCAUCUUCUUCCUUUUAUUUUCAUGAUUCAUAACAUUAUAAUCAAAUAGAAACCAGGACUUCAAUUAUCAUUGAAUUAUAUUAGAUGAUUUAAUGAAGUUUAAU